ACAGUUGAUUUCGAGAUGGCAACCGCACUAGAACUGAGUCCCACUGAGAUUCGCGGCCUGUGCCAGCGUUACUUGCAUCAGGAUGUUAGUCCUAGAUCGGAAACGGGAUUUGAUAUAGUCAGUUAUAAGCUGAGACCCACCUCGGACGCCCCAGCUGGAUACUUGGGUAGUCACCUUUACCUGCAGGUCACUUUGGAACUGCACAAUCCCAAGGAAAUCAAGCAGCUGACAUUCUUUUCAAAGUCGGCUCCCGAGGGUAAUGCCUCGCGAAUGGAAUAUCUGGAGGAUUUCGGAGUGUUCCAGAAGGAAAUCGCUGUCUACCAGAAUGUACUACCCGAUCUUCACAAGGCCUGUGCCGAAGUGGCGCCAAAGUGCUAUUAUGCGGAUAAGAACUUGCUGGUCUUCGAGAACCUCGCAGACCAAGGUUAUCGAAUGGGUGCUGGGCGCGAUGGCCUGCUGUCCUACGAACAGCUCCAUUGUUGCCUGAAAACCUUGGCCGCCUUGCAUGCUGGUUCCAUUAUUCAUGAGCAAAAAACGGGCAAAAAACUAACCGAAUCGCAACCCAAAUCGGUGGUGGAGAAUGCCUAUCCCAGUGAUGUGGCACCGGAACAUCUGCGGGUCGUAAACUUCCUGAAUGCCUGCCAGGUGCUCAAGGAGUUCAUCAAACUGAUACCCAAAUAUCAGACGAAGUUGGACUAUAUCUUGGAGAAUUUCACCAAAAGGAUGUCAUUUAUUUUCGAGGCUGUCAAGACCUCAGAAGUGUAUGCAAAUACCCUACUUCAUGGCGACUUAUGGGCCAAUAAUAUCAUGUUCCAGUACGGCAAGUAUGGGGAGACUCCACUGCAAUGUCGCCUUGUGGACUUCCAAUUGGCCAGAUAUGCCCCGCCUGCACUCGAUGUGUUAACCGUGCUCACCAUACCCACCUCAAAGGCCUUCAGGGAUGCCCAUUUGAGUGAACUUCUAUCGGAAUAUUACCGCUUUAUGACCGAGUUCCUUAAGCGCGCUGACUUGGAUAUAGCUCGAUUUAUACCAGAACAGAGUUUUUAUCAGUCCGUGGAGCAGUUCCGCAGCAUUGGCCUAAUUGAGAGCUGUUUGUUUUGCCAUUUGGUCGUGCUUCCACCGUCCUGCACCCAGAAAUUGACCAGUUCCGCCGAUGGCUUUAGCGACUUCUUCAGUAACAAACGCAUUGAGAUUUGCCUGGAGGCCUUUAACACAGAUGAGUUGUACAGGAAUCGCUUGGUGGACAUGAUCGAAGACUUUGUGGAUAAUUUUGUGUUAGAAAAGUAGGAAGAACCUCUAAAAUUUUAAUUAAUGUUUUCAACCGUUAUAAAGGAAAAAACCUCCUUUAUUGUACAUAAUAAUUGUUUAAGAAAAUAAAUCUACUAAACUGAA